CUUCGAACGCGGCCGAGGGAGCCAGACCCCUGCUUCCUGACCACCCUCCUUCGGCCCCCACCUGGGUUUCCGAGACGCCUCUCUCCGACCUCGCCCCAGAGACACUGUCGCCAGGACUCUGACCCUCCCACGUGGACCAAGGGCGAAGCCCCGGCGACCCCUGGAGUCAGAGUCUGUCCGGCCAAGCCGCGGCCGGAGCCUACUGGCGGUCGCCAUGGCAUGCAGUCUGCAGAAGCUGUUUGCUGUGGAAGAGGAGUUUGAAGAUGAGGAUUUCUUGUCGGCUGUGGAGGAUGCAGAGAACCAGUUGGCGGGCACACGGCCUGUAAAUGCCGGGUGCCUAAGACCUGUCUCCUCCCGGCCACAGGAGGCCCAGCUGCUGCCUCGAGUCACUGCCCCAGCAGAGGCUGCAGGCCUGCCAGCCCUGGGACUCCGCCUUCCUACCUGCGGUGGGCCUAGGGCCACUGGGGGUCCGCCUCCCACAGGAACAGCUCCCCUAAGGCCUGUCUCAACAUCCAGCAGCUGGACUGGCACUCAGGGAAGAGUGACACUGACAGAAGUGCUUGAAGAGCCAGGAAGACCCCAGUCCUCAGCCUCCUGCCCCCAGCUUACCUUCAGGAGCAAAGAGCAGGUGAUUGGUGGCUUCGAGGGGCCUGAACAAGAUGAAUUUGAUAAGGUCCUGGCAAGCAUGGAGCUGGAGGGGCCCAGCGUGGAGCCGCAACUUGGAGUUCACAGUGAGGCCACAGAAAUCCUGCCCAGCUGGCAGCAGGAGGACUCCACAUUGGCUAAAAAGGCUCGGGUGGCUCAUCUGAGCAGACCUUGUCAAAGGGGGCCUGUUCCUGCCCCCCACGUAACUGGUAUCCCAUCAGCCCGGGAUGCACCCCCGGAUUUCGCAGUCCUCUGCAGGACUCCACAACCUCACUUGAGACCUGGAACUGUGGGCAACUUUCCUGUCCCAGCUACCUCAAUGGUUCGUGCUCAGCCACCCCACUGGGAAGUCUCUCCCGUGGGUCCCCCUCCUCGAACACCCCAGCCUCUCCAAGGUGCUGGCAGGCCCAUUCAGAGCAGCCCUCAAAAUCGUUUCCCUGCUCAGCCAUUCCGGUCUCCAAACACCUGUUCAAGUGGCGAACUCCGUUUUCUUAGACUCCGGACUCCCAACUCAAGCUGUGCUGCUCCCCCAAAGACCAGCUAUGGACUGUUUCCUCAGGGCCCACCCCAACCCCGAACUCCAGCGUCUUCUGUCCUGUCUCCUGUCUGCACCCCAAAGGGUCCCGGUCCCUCCCCGCUCCCUCAAGCAGCUCUGCAGACGCCCAUCGUCACCAACCACCUGGUGCGGCUGGUCACCGCUGCCAGCCGGACACCCCAGCAACCCACCUGCACCUCCACCCGGACCAAGAUGCGCCGCUUCCCUGGCCCAGCAGGGCUCCUGCCUCACCAGCACAGUGGGAAAAAUCUGGACGACAUCAUGGUUUCCACGCCCCAGACUCCGACUCACGGUGCUCUGGCUAAAUUCCGGACAGAGGUUGUCACUAGUUCCCAGGCAUCGGUGGAGGAAGACUUUGGACGAGGGCCCUGGCUGACCAUGAAAUCUACGCUGGGUCUGGAUGAGAGAGACCCUGCUUGCUUCCUCUGUACCUACAGCAUCAUCAUGGUGCUGCGAAAGGCAGCCCUGAAGCAGCUUCCUGGGAACAAAGUCCCCAACAUGGCGGUGAUGAUCAAGUCCCUGACUCGGAGCGCAAUGGAUGCCAGCGUGGUUUUCAAGGACCCUACGGGAGAGAUGCAGGGCACGGUGCACAGGUUGCUGCUGGAGACGCGCCAGAAUGAGCUGAAGCCUGGCUCGGUGCUGCUGCUCAAGCAGAUCGGAGUGUUUUCUCCUUCACUCCGAAACCACUACCUCAACGUGACUCCCAACAACCUGGUCCGUGUUUAUAGUCCAGAUGCUGGAGACGGGAACAUCCUCAAGCGAUCUCAGUCCUUCCCCAAGGAUCUUGAAAGUUUCCAUGAAAGCCUCCAGCAAGAGAGCGAGAAGCCUGGGAAAGGCCUCCAAACAGCACAGAAUCCAGAGGAAGGGGCAUCCCUCGAGAAAGAACUCCCAGAAGCAGAUGACCUGGAUGGACUCCUGAGCGAGCUCCCUGAAGACUUCUUCUGUGGGACCAGCAAUUGGGACUGCCCCAAGGCAGGGCACCCGCCGUGAGCCGGCAGCCUCUCAGCACCGUGCCAGAGCUCUGGUUGUGUCUGAUCACAUGCCUGGGAGAGAGGAGGACCAGCACAGCUGGAGAGCAGACAGAGUUCUGAGACCUCUGUGGUUGUUCCCACCCUGGACACUUUCCCUGAGAACACCCUUGUCCCUCAGAUUGUGCACUGUCGUCACUUUGGGUCUUCCUUUGGCACGCGGAACUCUGCUCAGUAUUGGAUCUACUGUCCUUCAAGCGCUCGGGUGCAUAUCCCUUCUUCUCCAGCAAGGAAGGUGUGUCACUCUCCCACCUCCGCUUGACUUUAGAGGAUGCGGGGCCUGGUCCCUUGACUCCCUAGUCCCAGGACAGCUGAGGAGCGAAGAGAAGCUGUGGCUUUUGUGGCAACUUGUCCCUCUGGACAAGGAGGGAACACACUCAGGCUUCCCUCUGCUUUGUCUCUUGAGGCCUAUAGCUGCCCAGCUUACCUGUGUCUGGGGCUCCAAGGUGCGGGGGCAUGGUUGUGGCUGGGGCAUCUUAUUCUGAAAUAAAAGCAGCUGCCUGCUUCACCUGCCUCCCUCUCUUUCCCAGCCUCUCAGCUCCUUGUCCUGUCUGCCCUGCCUUUGGUGCCUUGGCCAGGACAGAGCCAAAGCUACUCAUUUUCUUUCUCUUUUUUCUCAUAGACUUCUUUUUUUCUUUUUUCUGCACUGGGUCUUAGUUGUAGCACACGGGAUCUUUAGUUCCAGCAUGUGAACUGUUAGCUGCAGCAUGUGGGAUCUAGUUCCCCAACCAGGGAUCAAUCCCAGGCCCUCUGCAUUGGGAGCUCAGAGUCUUAGCCACUGGACCACCAGAGAAGUCCCUAUAAACUUUUUGACAGUUUUAGAUUUAUAGGAUUGCAGAGAUGUUCCAGGGAGUUCUCCUAUACCUCACAGCCAGUCUAAGAGCCAGUAUUGACACAUUAUUAACUGGACUCUAUGCUUUAUUGACAUUAACCCAGUUUUCCUCUAAUAUUCUCUUUCUCUUGCAGGAUCCCAUGCAACAUUUAGUCAUCUUGUCUGUAUAGACUUCUCUUGGCUGUGGUAGUUUCUCAGACUUUCCUUGUUUCUUAAUGACCAUGACAGCUUCCAGGAGCACAGGUCUCACUUAUUGUCAGAUGCCCCCCUGUUGGAAUUUGUCUGGUGUGUUUUCGUGACUAGACGAGGGUUAUGUGUUUGGGAGAGGAAGAGCACAAAGGUGAGCUCGCAUUUUCAUCGCGUCAUAUCAAGAGCUGGUGGUGACUUUGAUCACCUGGCUGAGAUAGGGUUCGUCAGGUUUGGUCAGGUUUCUCCUCUGUCAAGUUACUCUUUUUCUCCUUUUCCACACGAUUUUGGAAGGAAGUCACUCUGCCGCCCACACUUAAGGAGUGAGGGGUUAUGUUCUCUGCCUCUUGAAGGGCAGAAUAUCUGCAUGGAUGAUUUGAAAUUCAGCAUGGAAGAUUGGU